UUUCAUUUCAAUCCAACUGCAAACACGCUUGUAUAUGGCUGGAUAUCGUUCGUAUUGUGACCUACCGAACAUGUCUCCGACACUGUGUUAAUUUCUGUUAAUUUACAUAUAAACCACUUGCAAUACAAAGUAACUAACUCUACUGGAUAGUAGAGAGUGGAACUAUUUUGUGGAAAAGCACAGACGUCCGUAAAGAAGAGAGCUGGAAGAAGCGCGCCGUAUAGGUUAAGUUUAACCUCUCGCGACGAUCGUUGUUUCUCCUCGGCAUUUAUCAUCAAAUCGGCGAACAUAAUGGGAAAGCACGAUUCAACAGUGAGAAAGCACGACUCGACGGCGACGAAGAACGUACCCAAGACUGGAAUUGUCGAUAAGAAACGAAAGAAGAGACGUUCUCACGCGCAAAUUGCCAAGAAAUUCGCUCGGCAGAGGAACAUCACAGGUAAUCUCGACAGGCAGAUAUAUCAGUACAUGAUAGAAAUCCUCGAUACACUGCGGACGGACUUCGCUUCGUCCAGCGACAAGCUCCUGUUCGUGAACAACGUCUACGCGGAGACGGUAGGUCAGGAGGUUGAGUGCGCGCGUAAUCAGGUUGCAUCGCGCGUCAUGGACUCUCUCCUGCCGUUUGCCGGCUUGGAAAUUAUUCAGAGACUAGUCGAGGCGCUCGAGCCUUCUCUCAGGCAGCUGAGCGGCGACAGAUUCGCCAGUCAUGUUCUGCAGAAGAUCAUAGUGGUCUGCGCGGACAGAGGCAACAGAGUCCCCGCAGAGUUAACUGUUAAAACUGAGGCUGAGGAUGAGAAAGAAUCAGGAUCCGAGAACGACAAUCGACUCGUCGUGGAAAUUAAGCCAGACGAGGUGAAGAUCUACAACGAUAUUGUUCUCAAGUUGAGCAAGUACUUUCUCAAUAAUAUAGAAGAGUUCGCGUUCGACAUUUAUGCCAAUCAUGUGUUGCGCACGGUCUUACAGUGUCUGGCUGGGCUGAUAGACAUUUCCGAUGAUUCCAGUGCUCGUAAAAAAUUCAAGUUCUGUCCUACGAACAGACGUCCUGUAAUACAAGAGUACGAGGAUCUGUUAAUACAGAAUUGUCAACGACUGCAACAGUGGCCACAGCUCUGCGAGUUUGGAUUGAAGGAUAUUACGUCCGGCUUGGUACAAUGCGUCCUGUUCUCACUGAAAGAUGUCGAUGCGGAUUUGACGAAAAACAUUAUCAAGAAAAUUCUGCUGGAAUCGCAAGACAACGAGAAACGGUUGACAAUAUUCAACCUGGAGAGUUCCGCUAGGCUGCUGGAAGCCUGCCUGAUGACAUCACCACCGAAAACUUACUGCAAAUUGUACAAGACGUUCUUCGCUGACAAUUUAGAACAUCUAUGUCAAAAUCAGAAUAGCAAUUACAGCGUACAGAGAUUAUUGGAUUCCUGUGCCUCCAAGGACACUUUCGAGGAAAUAUUCGACAAGGUGGUGGAACACUUUCCACAGAUUCUCAAACGAGGCUUCACCGGCAUAUUAGUCAGCACUGGAAAUGCAUGUCUAAAAUUGCAUACAAAGCAAGGCGCAUUCGUCAAUGCGAUAACGAAAAUGCUGGAUUGCGCGGAUCAGGCGCAUCUUGUGUGGUGUACAGCGACCCUCAAGACCCGAUCUCAGCUGGAAGAUAACCCAAGUGGUGCGCAAGUGCCUCUCAACUUACACGGAAGUUUGAUAACGCAAGCCAUGUUAAAGUUCAAUAAACCCAUCGUGAUCGUGAAGUCAUUACUGCAGAUGAGCAACGAAGAGCUGUCGCGAUUAUUCGAUGAUCCAAAGGGCAGUCGAAUUCUGGAUGCUUUUAUGGACAGCGAGUACGUCGGCGAGAAAAGUAGGGAGAAAUUGUGCAAAAAAUUGCAAGGCGUUUGGGCAGAUUUGGCUAAGAGCACGCACGGAUCUCGAUGCUUGGACAAGAUGUGGGAGAAGGUGAGUGAGACUCAGAAGAUAUUCAUCAUGGAAGAAUUGGCUGCAGCUGGGGAAGCCUUAAGAUCCACGAAAUCAAGCCAGGUUAUUUUCAAAAAGUUGAACGUAUCGUUGUUCGCGAAAAAUAAAACGGAAUGGAAGUUAUCGCAAUCGAAGCAACAGAAAACUAAAAAGCUAUUUGCAAAUAUUAUCGGCAAGAAAUAAGAAUUUGAAAAAUUGUUGCACCUUCUAUGAUUUUUUAUACUUGUAUUAUCGCAACAGAAAUAUAUAUAUAUGCUUUUCAAAUAAUCUAUAACACUAGCAAUGUCGUUUCUCAUUAAAUAUCUAGCAUUCUUUUAGCAUUUCUUUUUCCUCUCUGUGUAAAGUAAAUAAUAAUUUUACGUAAAGAAACAUAAAACAGAAAUAAAUUAUUCUUAUGGAAAUUAUUAUAAUGUAGUAUCAAUGUAGUAAAAUUAAGACAUUAAAAUUGUACGAUAUUUUAUCGAAAUAUAAUCAAGUCUAUCCUG